AUGGUGUUUGCUCCAGGGGAUAAAUGUGGAAAUGAACAAGAAGAGGCAAAGCUGCAGAACGUCAGCAAGCAGAUUGUCCACACAGUCAUUCAGCAGGCUGUCCAGCAGCUCUCCCAGGAGAGCCAGCAAAAGGAGAAGGCGAGGCAUGGCAGCGGGAGCCUGCAGCUGGAGAGAGGGCAACUAACCAAGAAGCAUGAGAAGAAGUAAAAGGGCCUGGUUUCUUCUCAGGGAAUCUUCCAGUCUGCAGCACUUCCACC